ACUCAGCUGGAGGGACGAUGACCAGUACCAUCCCUUCCAAGAAGCCUUACCGCAAGGCUCCCCCGCAGCACCGCGAGAUUCGGCAUGAGCUGCCCAUCCUGCACGACGACCAAGAUGGUGUGAUUUUGGCAGAGCAGAGCCAGGAGCCCCUGACAGAUGCAGAGAGGAUGAAGUUGCUACAGCAUGAGAACGAGGAGCUGCGUCGACGUCUGGCCUAUGUCACCAACAAAAUGGAGGCGAUGGAGAGGGAGCUGGAGUCUGGCCAAGACUAUCUGGAGAUGGAGCUGGGCCAAAAUCGUGAGGAGUUAGAGAAGUUCAAGGACAAAUUCCGUAGAUUGCAGAACAGUUAUACAGCCUCACAAAGAACCAAUCAGGAUUUGGAGGAGAAGCUACACACCCUGAUAAAAAAAGCCGAGAUGGAUCGGAAAACACUUGAUUGGGAGAUUGUGGAGCUCACUAACAAGCUACUGGAUGCCAAAACGACCAUUAAUAAACUGGAAGAGCUUAAUGAGCGAUAUCGUCAGGACUGUAACCUGGCAGUACAGCUGCUGAAGUGCAACAAAUCUCACUUUCGGAACCACAAAUUUGCUGAUCUUCCCUAUGAGCUGCAAGACAUGGUCAAUAAGCACUUGCACAGUUCUCAGGAGUCCUCGGGCCCUGGCCAGGAGGCCCUGCACACCUUAGCCCCCUCGGACGUUGUGCCCACCUCGGUCAUUGCCAGAGUCCUGGAGAAGCCGGAGUCACUGGUGCUCAACUCUGCUAAAUCCAGCAGCAGCAGCUGCCCCGUGGCCGAGGACGUCUUCGUGCAUGUAGACAUGAGCGGAGCACUGCCCGACACCUGUCCCGGCUCGGGGCAGGCUGGGAAAGAGGAAGUGGAAGGAGGGAGGCAGCAGAAUGGAGGCUGCAACCCCCAGAGCAGCUUGGAGAGCCUGCCUGGAGAGGUGCCGACAUUCGAGCGGCUGAGCCCCUAUCCCACCCCUCCCCCUCCCCACCCUCUGUACCCUGGGCGCAAGGUGAUUGAGUUCUCUGAGGACAAGGUAAGGAUCCCAAAGAACAGCCCCCUGCCCAACUGCACCUAUGCCACGCGCCAGGCUAUCUCCUUGAGCCUGGUUCAGGGGGAGGAGGAAGGCUGUGACAGGCAGCGGACCCUCCCCGGCAGCCCCGCCUCGGAAGGCCAGCGCUCCGCCUCUAGCUGCUCCUACCAGCCAUCCCCGAAGGUGAGCCGAGCUCACGGCUCCUCGCAGAGCAGCCCCUUUAGCAGCCCUCCGCAGGUGCCCAGCACUUUUGCCAGUUCCGCCAGCUCUGAGGAAGACCUGCUGGCUAACUGGCAGCGGAUGUUUGUGGACAAGGCUCCCCCCACCACCGAGCGGGUGCUGGCGAACCGUACGUCCUUUAGCCGCGACACAGCCCAGGAGCUCCAGAAGCGCUUCAGCCGCUCCAUGCAGGAGCUGGGGCGGGCUGCCUCCGCUUACUCGGACGGCGAGGAGUCGGCCCAGAGCUGCAGCUGGACCGUGAGCAGAGGCUCGAGUGUGGACACGGACAGUACAGAGUCCCGGGCCCGCCGGGGCCACUUGUGUUCCGACUACGGCACAGACUUCUCCCAGGAGGAGGCCCACAAAUUGCUCCAAGGGGGUGGCACCGAGGGGCCGGCGGAGCUUCUCAGCUCGUCUUCGCCAGAGCAGCACAAGGACUGCGCAGACGGAGAUGCGCCCCGGAGCCCCGCCGAAGAGCAGGAAGUGUUGCUGCAGGGAAACAAGGAGAACAGCCAGGAGGCCGCCUCCGAGCCCAGCAGGCCAGGCAAGAGCAAGGCUCCUUCCGGCCGGCCACACCGCAGUCCCAAGAGGAUGGGGGUUCACCACCUCCAUCGCAAGGACAGCCUGACGCAAGCCCAGGAGCAGGGCAACUUGCUCAAUUGA